CCUUGAGCGGGCCUGCCGGAAAACAAACGCUUCAAGCUUCGAAAUGUGUACCCGACUGGUAUGACUGCUAGCUCGAUCUAGCAAUCCCGUCGGUUAGGGCGGAAUUGGAAUAACAGCGGCGCGCAUAGUACGAUGGUUAGCGAUGGUAAACUACACGCGUACAGUGUUCCUGCGAUACGUCGGAAUCUGUGUGUUUGCGUCGUGCUGUAUUCUGCUGCUGAUAAGCGGUCUGCCAGGUGCACUGGACACGUGCAAAUGUGAGGAACGGCAGGAUCGCGAUCUACAGCACGAACAGUUCCACAAAAGCUUUCGGUUCGAUGAGCAAACAGAGCGUCAAAAGCGGCUCGCCAUCAUUGUACCGUUCCGGGACCGAUUCGACGAGCUGCUACAGUUUGCCCCCCACAUUGCGGCCUUUCUCAACAAACAGCGCGUACCGUUCCACAUCUUUGUCGUGAACCAGCACGAUCGGUACCGGUUUAAUCGCGCAUCGCUGAUAAACGUCGGCUUCCUGCAGGUUCGGGACGGCUACGAUUACUUUGCGAUGCACGACGUGGAUCUGCUGCCGCUGAACGAUAAUCUGCGGUACGAGUUUCCCGAGCACGGACCGCUCCACAUUUCCGGGCCCGAAUUUCACCCCAAGUACCAUUAUGCGGCCUUUAUCGGUGGCAUUCUGCUGCUGCGGAUGGAACAUUUCGAGCAGCUGAACGGCAUGUCCAACCGGUACUGGGGCUGGGGUUUGGAGGACGAUGAGUUUUACGUGCGGAUCAAGGAGGCGGGCCUUGAGGUGACCCGGCCAAAGAACAUUACGACCGGCACGAACAAUACCUUCCUGCACGUGCACGACCGGGUGCACAGACGCCGGGAUACGGCGAAAUGUUUCAACCAGCGCGAGGUCACGCGCAAACGUGAUCGGGAAACGGGUCUGAGCACGAUCCACUACACCAUUGCAAGCCGGCGUGAGUUAACGAUCGACGGUGUGCCGGUAACGGUGCUGAAUGUUGAGCUGCAGUGUGACAGACAGAAAACGCCAUGGUGCGAGUGUGAAAGCAAACCGGCGGACAAUCCGGCAAAGGUUGGGCCGAAGAAAAAGGGCCCAUAAAAUACUCUUUCGCCCGGCGGGCGCUUGUUGCUGCCACAUGUAUCGGUCAAUUGUGUGCACAGUGCAUUUUCCCUUUUUAUCAAUAAACAUUUAAUAACUCUUUACAUAGCCAUCAUCCGCGUGUGGGAUGUAAGCGUGUGGUGGAAAACAAGCUAA